AAGUUUACCAAAAACGAGGCAAAAUGUUUCGAUUUCUAUUUGUGAUUCUGUUCCUGUCGAUUGUAGUGCAGGCAGAUUAUAUUAUUCACCAUCCAUGUGUCUUCUCACAUGGAUCAACGCCACCCCCUGUACCUAAUUGGGUUUGGGUUGAGGGAUGCAAUGAAUCGGGUUGCUCUGUACCAAAUGGCUCAACGCGAAAAGUACGCACUGGAUUCUACCCUCUUUCCACCCACUAUCGUCUCCACGGGUACGUAAGGACAUUCUUCCUUGGCAUUGAGUUUCCCAUCGAACAGCCCGAUGAAUUGUACAAUCUCUGUGACCACAUCGAAGAUGGAUGCCCAAUCUACGUUGGUCGCGAGAGAAGUGCAGAACUUACAAUUCAAGGCUACUCCCCCAUCUCAGGUGUGACAGUGAGGGUGGAAAUUACAGUCACUGAUAAAGAUACUGAUGAAAUUGUCGCAUGCGGAGCUGGAGAUGUGACAGUUACUUCGCCAUAAACACAGCUGUUCUUGAACUCCCACAUUACGUACUAUCUCAGUCUGGAUUUUCUAAUAGAUUAUAAAAUUUUUGAAAAUUUCUUCGCAGACUUCUGGCAUUGAGAGUAUCCGGGAUUCUUGGCUUCAAUUAGUGCUUGUUGAAAUUUAAUGAAUUGUCGUGCAGUUUUAAGUUUUAAAGUGGACGAUUGACUGAAAGGAAAAGACUUCUCUCUUCAAUCGAAAGAUUGUGAAUAAAAUAUUAAGAAGCGAAGUAAAAAUAAAUAAACGUUCAAAAAAAAU